UUACCACACGCACUUCCUUCUGCUUUGCUACACACUUCUCCAUAACUAGACUACUAUCUCUUUGAGCACUUUCUGAUUUCAUAUAGUUCUUUGGUGUUCGUAAGCUUUCUUGUUUAGCAAUUCAUCUCUUCUUUUUUUCUCUCUUACUUUCACAACCAAGAUUUCCUUCAAAGUUCAAAUUUCUGAAUUCCUCAUUCUGUUCUUUUGGUUUGCCACCACUCUGUAUUUUCCCCGUUUUACUCUGUUUCUUCCUCUGCCAUGGCACCCCCUAAUGAUCCUGUGGACUCGAUAUUCGGAGUUCUUGCAUCCAAGAAGAAUAGUUUUGAUUUGUCUGAUGGCAAGCUCUCUGUUGAAAGUGUGCCAUUCCUUUGUGAAGUUCCCUCCAAUAUCACUUUCAAAACAUUUUCCUCGAUUUGUCACUCUUCUGAUGCUCCACCUGCCCUGUUCCAGCGCGUCCAAUCGAUAUCCGACAAGGGCGGUUUCCUUGGAUUCCGCAAGGAGGAACCUUCUGAUAAGUUGAUGAACUCCUUGGGUAAAUUUAAUGGUAGGAGCUUUCUUAGCAUCUUCAGGUUCAAGACAUGGUGGUCUACCCUGUGGGUAGGUAGCUCUGGAUCAGAUUUACAGAUGGAGACUCAAUGGAUACUCUUAGAUGUCCCCGAAAUAAGCUCAUAUGUCCUUAUUGUGCCCAUAGUUGAAGGCAAGUUUAGGUCUGCCCUUCUUCCUGGCACCGAUGGUCAGGUCAUGAUCUGUGCUGAAAGUGGUUCUACUCAAGCAAAAGCAUCAUUUUUCGAUGCCAUUGCCUAUGUCCAUGUGUCCGAAAAUCCUUACAACAUAAUGAAAGAAGCUUAUGCUGCUCUUAGAGUUCAUUUGAACACAUUUAAGCUGCUAGAAGAGAAAUCAGUCCCACCCCUAGUUGAUAAGUUCGGUUGGUGCACUUGGGAUGCAUUUUACUUGACAGUAGAACCGCGAGUCUGGCAUGGAGUGAAGGAAUUUGCAGAUGGAGGUCUCUCCCCGAGAUUCAUCAUCAUUGACGAUGGAUGGCAAAGCAUAAACCUAGAUGGACAAGAUCCACACGAGGACGCAAAAAAUCUUGUUUUGGGUGGGACUCAAAUGACGGCCAGACUUCACGGGCUUGACGAAUGUGAGAAGUUCAGGAAUUACAAGAGUGGAUCUUUCUUGGGACCUAAUCCUCCUCCGUUUGAUCCAAAGAAGCCUAAAAUGCUAAUCUCCAAGGCCAUCGAGCUCGAGCAUGCAGAAAAGGCUCUCGACAAGGCUGCUCAAUCUGGGGCUACUGACUUGUCCCAGUUUGAGUCAGAGAUUGAAAGAUUGAAGCAAGAGUUGAACAAAAUAUUUGGUGCAGAACCGAGAGAUAAAGCUUCAAGUCAAGGGUGUGGAAGCUGUUCUUGCAAAGCAGAAGCAAAUGGGAUGAAGGCUUUUACCAGGGACUUGAGGACUAACUUCAAGGGCUUGGAUGAUAUUUAUGUUUGGCAUGCUCUUUGCGGUGCAUGGGGAGGUGUUAGGCCGGGAGCAACUCACCUGAACUCUAAGAUCAUCCCUUGCAAACUCUCUCCAGGACUAGAUGGAACGAUGGACGAUCUUGCAGUGGUGAAAAUAGUUGAGGGUGGGAUAGGACUUGUUCAUCCUGAUCAAGCCCAGGAUCUGUACGAUUCAAUGCACUCCUACCUUUCCAAUGUAGGAAUUACUGGUGUUAAAGUGGAUGUCAUUCAUACACUUGAAUACGUGUCCGAGGAAUAUGGAGGCAGGGUUGAGCUUGCCAAGGCUUACUACAAGGGGCUUUCAAAGUCUCUAGCAAAGAAUUUCAAUGGAAAUGGACUGAUCUCCAGUAUGCAGCAAUGCAAUGACUUCUUCUUCCUUGGAACAGAGCAAAUAUCCAUGGGAAGAGUUGGUGAUGAUUUUUGGUUUCAAGAUCCAAAUGGUGAUCCAAUGGGCGUUUAUUGGCUACAGGGGGUUCAUAUGAUCCACUGUGCAUACAACAGCAUGUGGAUGGGACAGAUCAUCCAGCCUGACUGGGAUAUGUUCCAGUCUGAUCAUCUGUGUGCAAAGUUCCAUGCCGGAUCAAGAGCCAUCUGUGGAGGACCUGUCUAUGUGAGUGACUCCUUGGGGGGCCACAAUUUUGAACUUCUUAAAAAACUUGUCUUCCCUGAUGGUACCAUUCCCAAGUGCCAACACUUUGCCCUCCCAACUAGAGACUGCCUCUUCAAAAACCCACUUUUCGACAACACCACCAUUCUUAAGAUUUGGAACUUCAACAAGUAUGGAGGAGUGGUGGGUGCUUUCAAUUGCCAAGGAGCUGGUUGGGAUUCUAAAGAAAGAAGGAUCAAAGGCCACUCAGAAUGCUACAAGCCAAUGUCUGGUUCGGUUCAUGUCAGUGACAUAGAAUGGGACCAAAAGGAAGAAGCAGCGGAAAUGGGUAAAGCGGAGGAGUAUGCAGUUUAUCUUAACCAGGAAGACAAACUAUUAUUGGCAAAAACCAUGUCUGAUGCAAUUCAGAUCACAAUUCGGCCAUCUUCCUUUGAGAUAUUCAGCUUUGUGCCUAUCAAGAACCUUGGUCCGACCAACAAAUUCGCACCAAUUGGACUAACCAAUAUGUUCAACAGUGAAGGGACCAUAAAGAGCUUGAAUUACGCUGAGAAUGGUGCUGGGGCUACUGUGAAAAUUGAAGUGAAGGGGAAAGGGAAUUUCUUGGCUUUCUCAAGUGGUUCACCAAGGAAGUGUUAUUUGAAUGGUGCUGAGGUUGGGUUCGAGUGGUCAGCUGAUUUCAGACUGGACUUGAGUAUGCCUUGGAUUGAAGAGGCAGGCGGGAUUUCUGAAGUGAUUUUUGUCUUUUGAAAUGUGAUCCUGGUGCUAUAACGAGGAAACUUGAUUGUUGUGCUAAAGAAUAAACCUCUCUUGUGUCUUGAAUUUUGUUGUUUUUGAAUGCUUGGGGAAGUUAACUACAUGCCAUUAAGUAACAACCCCAAUUUAGAAUUGGUUAUUUCAUUUCUUUUCUUUCUGUGUUGUGUUGCUUUAAAUUAUUUGUAAAGAUUGAAUGAUUGAUUGUCUUUGUUUUUAA